CUCUGGCGGAUAGGUCAGAGAAGACCUGUUCGUCGACGCGCUGUCGUGUUUUAGCUGUUUAUUUAAUUUUUUAAAUAAAUGGCUUUUAGAAUACUUUCCAGAGUCUGCACACUGAGUCACGGACUCAAAUCCUCUCAGACCGCCUUCAGUGCGUUAAGCUCCGCCGGCAGUUUAAAGGUUGAACAUGACCGACAUAAUCAGCGCUUCACGGUCACCGCAGGCAGCAGCACUGCGGACAAUGAAUGUGCGGUUCUGAAAUAUAGAUUCACUGGGGAGAAGGAGGUGGACCUGAUGUCGACCUUCGUACCCGAGACAUACAGGGGGCAUGGUGUUGCAGCUCUGCUGUCAAGGGCUGCGCUGGACUUUGUGGUUGAAGAGAACUUAAAGGCUCAUGUCUCCUGCUGGUACAUAAAGAAGUACAUGAAAGAACAACCACAGCAGAAAUAUAAAGACUUUGUCAUCACCUGACUGCAGCUUGUAUGGCACCUACAUGCUGUAUGUCUGUGAAGGUUCUCAGUCAUCCAGGUCAUUGUAGUCUAAGGAGUCCAGACGCUUUUCUUUCCAAGCUCCUUAGACUACAUACUGUAAUUCUACCUCUAAUUAACUACACGUGAGAAAUAUCGUAUCAGUGUAAUUCUACCUCUAAUUAACCACACUCGUACAGUGUGCAUUGUACAAGUGAGAAAUCUCACAUCAGUGUAAUUCAAUGUAGAUUUAAACAAUUUCAAAUGCAAUAUGAACUAUAUUUGGAUAAAAUAGCCAAAAAUAUAAUUAAAGCAAUGGGUUGAAGGUGAUAUUUGUAUUAUAAUCUGAAUUUUAUAACGGUUUAACAGUUAAAUUGUGAUUUUUAUUUUAAAUAUCAGACUGUAUCCAUGAAUGACUGAAUUUUCUACCAAUAAAAUUCAUUAAAAUCUAA